GUGUGUGAAGGAUGGGGAAGAACCCUGAGCCCAAUCCCGGGGCCCCCACCUAACUCCCUGAUACAUGAGGAAAUGGAUGAACAGAAGAUCCGAGAACUCAUCAACAAGAUGAUGGAGCUGCUGACUGGAGAGGGUGAAGAUCUGAACAAUAUUAAAGCUCCAGAGACAGAUGUCAGCGGUGAUGAGCAGUAUAAAGAGGACAUUCCUACAGGAAAAGAUCUGAACUAUAUUAAUGCUUUAAACAUAGUAGUAAAAGAAGAAGAAGAGACGGAUGUGAGCGGUGAUGAGCAGUAUAAGGAGGACAUUCCUACAGGGAAAGAUCUGAUAUAUCGUAAUACUACAGACAUAAAAGAAGAAGAAGAGACAGAUGUGAGCGGUGAUGAGCAGUAUAAGGAGGACAUUCCUACAGGUACCUGCCCAGAUUCUUGUAGCAGGAGAUCAGAGGAGAAUCUUAUAUCUUCAGAUUAUAAAGCAGAUGAUGAUAUCACACAAGAUACAUAUGAAGAACAUUCCAUUAUCCCAGAUACACCCUCAGCCCUUCACAGCCAAGAUCUGUCAUCUCAUCCUUAUAUACAGGUCCUGUCUUCUCAUUCAUCACAGGAUGUUCAGCAAAAUAAAAGUCAUAGAAGGGGUGUUGGACAUGAAAGAGAUCAUACAGGAAAGAAAUCAUAUUCAUGCUCAGAAUGUGGGAAAUGUUUUACUUUUAAAUCAGGUCUUGUUCAACAUCAAAGAAUUCACACAGGAGAGAAGCCAUUUUCAUGUUCAGUAUGUGGGAAAUGUUUUACUCAGAAAUCAGACCUUGUUGUACAUCAAAGAACUCACACAGGGGAGAAGCCAUAUUCAUGUUCAGAAUGUGGGAAAUGUUUUACUUUUAAAUCAGGUCUUGUUGUACAUCAGAGAACUCACAAAGGAGAGAAACCAUAUUCAUGUUCAGAAUGUGGGAGAUGUUUUGCCCAGAAAUCAGAUCUUGUUAAACAUCAAAGAACUCACACAAGAGAGAAGCCAUUUUCAUGUGCAGAAUGUGAGAAAUGUUUUACUGAUAAAUCAUAUCUUGUCCAACAUAAAAGAAUGCACACAGGGGAGAAGCCAUUUUCAUGUUUACAAUGUGGGAAAUGUUUUACUCGGAAAUUAAGUCUUAUCGGACAUCAAAGAACUCACACAGGGGAGAAGCCAUUUUCAUGCUCAGAAUGUGGGAAAUGUUUUAUCCUGAAAUCAAUUCUUGCUGUACAUCAAAGAACUCACACAAAAGAGAAGCCAUUUUCAUGUUUAGAAUGUGGGAGAUGUUUUUCUCGGAAAUCAGGUCUUCUUCAGCAUCAAAAAACUCACACAGGGGAGAAGCCAAUUCAGAGCACAUCUAUAUAUUAACCAUGUACAUAGGAUAGUUGACAGUAAUACUUACAUAUAUAUAUAUAAUAUGUCAUGGCUGUAAAUGUUUGCACCCCUGUAAUUUUUCGAGAAAAUUAAGUAUUUCUCACAGAAAAGGAUUGCAGUAACAUAUGUUUUGCUAUACGCAUGUUUAUUCCCUUUGUGUGUAUUAGAACUAAACAAAAAAAAAGGGAGGAUAAAAAGCAAAUUGGACAUAAUGUCACCAAACUCAAAACAUGGGCUGGACAAAAUUAUUUGCACCCUGUACUUAAUAUGUGGUUGCACACCCUUUGCAAAAAAAAAUUACAAAUCAGUGGCUUCCUAUAACCAUCAAUAAGCUUCUUACACCUCAGCCGGAAUUUUGGACCACUCUUCCUAUAACCAUCAAUAAGCUUCUUACACCUCUCAGCCGGAAUGUUGGACCACUCUUCCUUUGCAAAAUGCUCCAGGUCUCUCUUAUUGGAAGGCUCCUUUUCCCAACAGUAAUUGUAAGAUCUCUCCACAGGUGAUCAAUGGGAUUUAGAUCUGGACUCAUUGCUGACACUUCAGAACUCUCCAGCGCUUUGUUGCCAUCCAUUUCUGGGUGCUCUAUGCCGUAUGUUUGGGGUCAUUAUCCUGCUGGAAGACAAGAUCUCGGACGCAAACCCAGCUUUCUGACACUGGCCUGUACAGUGUUACCCAAAAUCCGUUGGUAAUCCUCAAAUUUCAUGAUGCCUUGUACCCAUUCAAGGCCCUCAGUGCCAGAGGCAGCAAAACAACCCAAAACAUCACUGACCUCCACCAUAUUUCACUGUAGGUACUGUGUUCUUUUCUUUGUAGGCCUCAUUCCAUUUUCGGUAAACAGUAGAAUCAUGUGCUUUACCAAAGAGCUCUAUCUUGGUCUCAUCUGUCCACAAGACGUUUUCCCAGAAGGAUUUUGGUUACUCAAGUUCAUUUUGGCAAAAUGUGGUCUUGCUUUUUUAUGUCUCUGUGUCAGAAGUGGGGUCCUCCUGGGUCUCCUCCAUAGUGGGGUCCUCCUGGCUCUCCUGCCAUAGUGGGGUCCUCCUGGGUCUCCUCCAUAGUGGGGGUCCUCCUGGGUCUCCUCCAUAGCGUUUCAUUUAAAUGUCGACGGAUAGUUUGCGCUGACACUGAUGCUCCCUGAGCCUGCAGGACAGCUUGAAUAUCUUUGGAACUUGUUUGGGGCUGCUUAUCCACCAUCCGGACUAUCCUGCGUUGACACCUUUCAUCAAUUUUUCUCUUCUGUCCACACCCAGGGAGAUUAGCUACAGUGCAAUGGGUUGUAAACUUCUUGAUAAUGUUGCGCACUGUGGGCAAAGGCGAAUCUAGAUCUCUGGAGAUGGACUUGUAACCUUGAGAUUGUUGAUAUUUUUCCACAAUUUUGGUUCUCAAGUCCUCAGACAGUUCUCUUCUCUUUCUGUUGUCCAUGCUUAGUGUGACACAGACACACAAUGCAAAGACUAAGUGAACUUCUCUCCUUUUUAUCUGCUUUCAGGUGUGAUUUUUAUAUUGCCCACACCUGUUACUGGUCCCAGGUGAAUUUAAAGGAGCAUCACAUGCUGGAAACAAUCUUAUUUUUCCAAAUUUGAAAGGGUGCCAAUCAUUUUGUCCAGACCAUUUUUGGAGUUCAAUUUGCUGUUUUUUCCUCCCUUUUUUGGUUUAGUUCUAAUACACACAAAGGGAAUAAACAUGUGAAUAGCAAAACAUGUGUUACUGCAAUACUUUCCUGUGAGAAAUACUUAAGUUUCCAGAAAAAUUUCAGGGGUACCAACAUUUAUGGCCAUGACUGUAUAAUACAUCCAAUAUAACUAUAUAAGCAUAUAAUACAUCUAAUAUAACAAUAUAAACAUAUAAUACAUCUAAUAUAACAAUAUAAACAUAUAAUACAUCCAAUAUAACAAUAUA